UUUCGCGGUGGUCGAGUGACACGGCGCCGGGAGGAAAAGCAAGGUGUUCUGUGUGCAAAGCCACUCGCGUCAUCGUGAACCUUUCCCUGUUCUCCGCCAAGCGAAGCCACCUGCAGCGCGGCGCAGCCCUCCGCCCUCUCUCUGCUUCAAGUUCUCUUAAAUUGUUGGCAAAACCCACCCAUUUGCUAGUGCAUCUGUAGUGUAUCGAUCUUCCUCAGAACACGACAGUAUGGAUCACAACCAGGGAUUCAUCAUCCCGCCAUGGGGUACCGGUGAUGAGUAUUUCAAUCCGGACUGGAACCUCUUGCCCGUGUCAUACCACGACUUUCCCAUCAACCCGCCGGAUUAUACUGUGGACAGCAAUACUCCUGAGGCUUCACCCUCUUCGGACUCACGUUCGGACUCACGUUCAGACACUCCGCUGGAAACUAAUCAGAAUCCGACAUCCAAGAGGAGGCAGAGAUCUGAGUCCUCGCAACGGGAUGCCCUGGUCCGUCCUCGUAAGACUCGGAAACUGAAAGCUCCUCAAGAAACCGCGAAAGUUCGCAAAAAGGGAGCUUGCUUGAUGUGCAAAAGGAAGAGAAAGGAGGUAAGUUUUUGCCAAGACGGGGAUCAUCCCGACGGUCCGUGCCGGCCGUGUUUAGAGCGCGCAGACAAGAUAACCUUCAUCCCUGGGCUGCUUCGUCCACUCUGUUGGCGACCAAAUAUCGGUGGCACUGAAGUUUUUCGUCGAGGUAGACUUGCCCAAAUGAUUUGAAGCAUUCAAGCUGAUAUUUGAUCUUAGGCCCGACGAUCGACUUUGCAGUUUCGUUGCGCGGGAAUAUGGAAGAUGAAGCCCCUGGCAAGCAAGCAAUAUGGAAGCACUUUGCAGU